CUUCUUGGAGAGGGCUGCCCGUCUGGCGCUUGUCUGUGCAAAUCAUUGCAGUGUGUCACGAGGCACAGUGGCUCGUAUGGCUGGUUAAGGAGGUGAGGACACUUCUUGGAAGCCUGGCUGCAGGACUCAACAGGCGGCUUCCACUUGAACGCACGGUGCGGCUCGGGGCGGGGCAGAGUCAGACAAUUUCCAGUCCUUGUCAGACACUCAGACGGGUAGGAUGCGUUUCGUGACGCUCCUGGCGACCUUCACUGUUGUGGUUGCCGGCUCUCCCACCCAGCUGAGGGCGGUGUAUGUGCCCAGGGAAGUGCAGCAGGAAAGCCAUGACCUCGACCCCAAGUACGUGAUAGGCGAGGUCAUCGCCAGCGAGUUCGACCGCCACGUGCCCGUGCUGAGCGACAACCUGCGCGGGGAACUCAAUACCCUUAGGAAUGACAUCAGCCGCCAAUUCGACUCCCUCAAGCACCACAUGGACGUGAAGCUGGACAGAAUGCAGCGAGACGCCCCAGUUGUGGACACCCCGCAGCCCGUGGAGCAGAGACCCCGGCAGGAGACGCCCAGCAGCGCCACACCUGCCGCCACCAUCCGCCACAACCUGGCCAUGGCAGAGCUGCGGCGGCUAGGCUCGGAACUCACCCAGACCAUGAACGAGGAAGUGACCAAGCUGCGCGAGGAGUUCCGCACCUCCCUCGAGCACCUACGCGAGCAGCUGCAGAACACCACGGACGUCCUGGCGGUGAAGCUUGGCAGCGAGUUCACGACCCAGGCGGAGGAGAGCACCACUGUGCUGAAGAAGGUGUUCUGUCUCACGCGGAACCAGAUGACGCUCAUUCAAGACACGCUGAGCAACAUCACCUCGGCCAUCAAGGUAGGGAAUACACACGACGCCGACUCCUCCACGACCCUCCCCCCUACCACUACCACGACCACCACCACCACUACCACCACAUCCACCACCACCACGACCUCUACCACUCCAGAACCUGAGGACAUGCCGAAAGACUGCAUGGAGGCGCUUAUCUACGGAAUGACUCACUCGGGCGUCACCAAAAUCAAGCCUUCCCCGGAGAUGGAGCCGAAGAAAGUGUGGUGCGACCAGAAGGUUGAAGGUGGCGGGUGGACGGUGAUGCUGCAGAGGAAGAAACAGCCCACGCAGAUUGACUUCAGGAGGCCUUGGCAGGACUACGCGGAGGGCUUCGGUGAUCCUGACGGCGAGUACUGGAUAGGUCUGGAGGCGCUGUACAAACUGACGAAGGGCAACCCGUACAACCUGAGGGUGGAGAUGACGUGGGAGGAUGAGGAAGCUGAAUCUCUCUACGACUUCUUCAGUGUGGGUCCUGCGCGGGCUGGGUAUCGUGGGUAUGAGCUGAACGUGGGUGGCUACAACAAGACCAGCACGGGCGGCGAUGCGAUGGAGUACCACAACGGCAUGGACUUCAGCACCUUUGACCAGGACAAUGAUGGCGCCUCAGGUGGGAGCUGCUCGGAGUGGUCAGGCGGCGGCGGGUGGUGGUUCAACUAUUGCUACUACAGUAACCCCACCGGCAUCUAUCCACCCAGCGACCUGCCACCGAACACCCAAGUGGAUCACCUGGUAGAGUGGCGCAAGUGGCAGGGUUACUACACCUACCUGUCUUCCUUCCGCAUGCUGAUCAGACCCAAUUAGAUUUACCUGUGUGUGUGUGUGUGUGUGUGUGUGUGUGUGUGUGUGUGUAGUGUUGAAGGAGUGUUGCUGCUGAAUGUUAGUGGAGUAAAUGUUGCGAAAAUGUGUGUCUUUGAUUGUGUUUGCUGCAUUUGGAAGGUUAGCAGUGGUUGUAGAUGUAGAAAGAGCGUUUGGGGUUGUUUGUGCAAGUCUAGACCGGUGGUAGUAAAAGUAGUGAGUGUACGUACAUGUAAAAAAUGGUGAGAAAGAAGGUGUUAGACAAAAUUGUGAUGAUUAGUGAUGAGAAAAGUAAAGAGCGUACUGAGAAAAAAAAUGUGUUAAAAUUUGUGAGUAACCCCUUCAGUACUGAGACGCAUUUCUACCUUGAGUUUUGUGUAUGAUUAGACCAUUUUAUUGACAUCAGGAAAGGUCUAUGGCGGUCAGAGGAUUAAUGGUGAGGGUAUUCCCUAAUUUAAUCCCCACACAAGUUUCUGAAGCUGUAUAAAUUUACCAAAUAAUAACCAGAAUAAAUAUGAAGACGCAUUAUGGACUGAAGGGGUUAAGUGUAGAAAGGGCGUAGAAAUAAAAAUAAAUGUCUGUGCAAGUGUAAAGAGUUGAUGAAAUACAGUAGCGAGGUGUAUUUUCUAUCUUUUUAAAUGCAGAAAGAUGGAGAAGAAAGUAUUUAUUGGUAUUUUAGGUCUCGAAAGGGGCAUUGAAGAGUAAUAAGGAGCA